AUGGAGGGUAGUGUGUAUAAUCCACGUGGGCUUGGAGGAGUUCAACUACGGAAUAAAAUGAUGGUGCUGUGGAAUUACCUAGCAACUUGUACAGCGGAAUCUGCUGUCCUGUCUGGUGCACUGAUUGUUUCUGCUCCUUUUGAUCCGUUAUCUACAACAACUUCUUUGGAGCGUUUCUUUGCAAAACACGUAUAUAAUCGGCACCUGACGAAGAAACUCGUAUCAUUUGCAGAGAGAUAUAGAGAACACUUUGAAAAUCAUGAAAUGAUGGACUUCGAUAACGUUCUGAAAUCAGUGACCAUACGGGAGUUUGACACUCGCUUUACUGCACCACUUUUUGGAUAUGAGUCAGUGGAUCACUACUACGAUCAUGCGGCACCGAACAAGAAGGUGAAAAAGAUCCCCGUUCCUACGCUCUGCCUGAAUGCUGAUGACGAUUGCUUCAGUCCACGGGAAGCGUCCCUACCGAAGAGAUGA